CGCGGCCACUAGACCAGUGUUUUAUUUUUGUUUCCUUUUCACUUUCAAUUCUCUCUUCGUCGUCGUCCUCUUGCGCGAUGACGAGCACACAUGAUUUCGAUACAUCUGCCACGCCCGAUGAACGACGCGGUCUACUCUCGAAUGUUGACGCCGUAGACGCUGUCCAACCUGACCUCGAGGAGCAACCCACUUCCCCUGCACCCUUACGCAAACGCAAGCGCUUCGUUGGAUUCAGUGUUCUUCUUUCGUUUAUUCUCGCUUCUACCAUAUUCGAACUCUGGCCCCGCACUCGACAUGACACGAGAACUAGGAGGGACGCAUUAUACUCGAAUGGAACGCACGAGUUCAAGAAGACAGUGCUCAUGGUGUCAAUCGAUGGUCUUCGUGCGGAUUACUUGGAUCGUGGACUCACGCCGCAUUUGCUGGAUAUCAGUCGGCAAGGUGUAAGGGCAAAGUUCAUGAAGCCUGUUUUCCCCACUUUGACGUUCCCAAAUCACUGGACACUAAUGACUGGCCUUUACGCCGAGUCGCACGGCAUCGUUGCAAACAACUUCUGGGACCCCGUUUUCCAAGACACAUUCCAUUACUCUCGUGUUGAAUCCGCGCAGAACCCGAGCUGGUGGCUAGGCGAACCUAUGUGGGAAACCGCUGAGCGUGCAGGCAUCAUCACCGCAAACCUCAUGUGGCCUGGUCCUUGGUCUACAUCCUCAGGCAUGAACUCUACAUAUUUCCUACCUUGGGAGAAUAACUACUCUCUCGAGAAGAAACUUUCUAAUCUCCUAGAGUGGGUCGAUCUCCCGUUGGAAGAGCGGCCGCAGCUUAUCCUUGGCUACGAACCGUCCCUUGACCAAGCUGGCCAUGCAACAGGGCCAAUGUCUGGGGCCGUUAAUGCGAGCCUUGCAGCCGUUGAUCUUUUCGCUCGGAAUCUCACCCAAGCACUGGGCGAACGUAACCUCACGGAUAUCGUUGAUAUCAUUUUCGUCAGCGACCACGGGAUGACAGACACCAGCCACCCAACUUGGGUGUAUGUCGACGAGAUUAUUGGUCAGCCAUGGAAAGGUGUUACUAAAGUGGAUGGUUGGCCAUCUAUGGGCUUACGCUUCGCUCCAGGCACGAACGUGACUGAGGCCCUUGAGCGUCUGUGUGAAUACACGCUUACCCACCCUGAUCGGUUCGACGUGUUUACGACUGAGAGCUUCUCUACCGACCCUGGUACCUCCUUGGUGGACCUAAACGCAUUCAACUACGAUAAGAUGACUGCAGGCACGGUGGAACCUAUGCCCGAACGAUACCACUUCUCUAGCAAUUACCGCAUCGCCCCUGUGUGGAUUGUCCCACGUAUAGGCUACGCGCUGACUGACCGCACGGACGGCGAAGACGGAAUGUCAACUGGAAACCAUGGUUACGACAACGAUGACCCCUCGAUGUAUGCCAUGUUCGUUGCACACGGGCCUUUCUCUCAAGGCGCAAAGGCUGCUGUCACCGCGCGAGGAGAGGAGGGCAAGGGAGAAUAUGUGAUGCCAGGGUUCCAGAAUGUCGAGAUUUACAACCUCGUGAUGCGAUUACUGGGCCUUGACGCUACAGACUUAGCCAUAACCAACGGAACGGCUGGAUUCUGGGAUACGUAUGUGUUGCCAGAUUCUUGUAUGGCAUAAGUAUUUGAAGUCUGGGGUGCUUCAGAUUCUUUGCUAGAGCUAUCAUUACUCAUAACUGUAGUGUCGAUACCUUCCUAGAUGUGCUAUCCAUACAUAUGCAUCAUAUUACCCCUGUAGCUAGACCA